GGGAAAGGUUUUUUUUGUUUUAGUUUUUCAACGUAAAUGAAAUCUUUCAGAACAAAAGCGCUAAGUAAAUAAUUGAACCAUGACUUCAUUUUGCACAUUAACCUUCUCUGUUAAACAAGUCAACCAAUGUGCUACUCAGGCUUGGUAAAAAUUGCCAGGUCUCAUCCUGAGGGCUUGUUCUUUCCUUGCAGCACUGAGCAAGGAAACUGUUCCUGGAAACUAUUUCUCCAGCAUUCUUGAUGCAGUGAUCCUUUCUUCCUGUCUUCCAUUCAUGAUAUCAGCUCUAUUUUUCAGCAGGUGGGAAAGGAUGAUUGCCAAGAGACUACAUCCUAUCUGUGCCAACAAUAUAUGGAAAAUCCUGCUAAAACAUAAAGUUUCUGUCUCUCUCCUUUUGCUUCUUUUGUGUCUGGUUCCUUCAAGUAGAGCUGAUGGUGAUUUCUUAGGGAACUACAGAGCUGUGUUUAAUAAUUCAUGUGAAGAUCCCUGGACUUUGUCGCCUGGAAUAUAUGUGCCAGCACUUACUAACUUCACAGUCUGUGUUUAUCUUAAACUUUAUAAUCCCAAACAUCCUUGGACAGCCUUUGUCUACAAUAAGAUACCUGAUGACAAUGCAUCAGCAUCAAACCACUAUGAACUUGGACUUGAAGGGAUGCGUGACAAAUUGACAGUAUGGAUAUUUGGUAAAGAAAUAACCUGGACAGAAAAACUGGAUGACAAUGAAUGGCAUCAAGUGUGCAUAAGAUGGAAAAGCGAAGAGCAAGAAGUGAGCAUAUAUGUAAAUGAUGAACAAAAGAAAUCUGAAAAAGUGUCUAAAACUAGGCAACUCCUUGCACAUGGGCAACUUUUACUUGGCUGUUCACAAAUCCCUAGCAAGUCAUCAUCUCCUACAGAUGGGAUGGUUGGUGAACUGUACAUGUUCAGAAUGUGGGCAAAUGAAAGUAUAAAUAAUACACAACAUUGCCAAGAUGGCACCAUUAUACGCUGGAGGAGAGGUAUCUGGGUUUUUAAUAACACAGAAGAAUACAGCAGAUCUUUGCCUUGUGCGAAUACUGCUGGUGCUUCAUCAGGAAUGAGAGAAACCUCAGGCACACCAGAUUCGUCUUCAUUUGAAAUCCUGAAUCUUACAGAAAGAACUAGAGGGAUGCCACACUUUUCAACAUCAGUUGGAACAACUAAUCAACAGGAUUUUUUCUCAGCAACAACUGGAAUGGAACAUUUCUCGGGAACAUCUACUGACUCAGUACCUAUAUCAAUAACAGAAGAUACAUUUAGUGGGACCAAACAUUUUUCAGACACAACUGGGACAAAAACCUUUCCAAAAAUAACUGCUAUAGGCACUGUAAUGAAUACAAGAGAAGAUACUUUGUCAGCUUCCACAGAUCUGAUUGGGACAAAAGGUUUUGAGAAUAUUGUUUGUAAUCUAUCGGCCCUCUGUCAUGACACAGUUUUCUACAUAGGCACUAUAAACUUUCAGACCAGUGGGAACAGUUCUGAUACGUCAUACAACCUCACAUUACACUACGGUGACACCAAUCAGUACCAAUUAAAAGCUGCUUCAGCUGCACUGUCAGAAAUAAAAAUUUCAGAUUUCAACAAAACACUUCAAAAUUUAAGUCAGUCAUAUCUCCUGCGAUGUGAAAAAGUGAACCAGAGUACAUCAGAAUGCAGUUUCAUAAUAAAGCUGCGGAAAGAAAUGAAUAUAAACAGUACAUUGUCCCUUUUGAAAGAAAAAGCAGAAAUUGGCCCAGCUGAGUCAUGCUGUUGUUCACCUUUGGGUCUCCACUUUUGUCCUUCAACUGUUGAACAGCUGCAACUUCUGCAGUGUGGUAUGCAUGAAACACUUGCCUGCAAUGGUCCAAGUACUCAUGUCUCCCCAGUUUCAUCAGUCACUCCUUCUCCUGUUGUAACUCACUAUGAAGCCUCUUCCUCUGAACCAGCUGUUGUCUCUCGUACUCCGCAGGCAGAGCUAACAAAAGGACAGAUUUCUAAGAGUCGUCCUCCUUCUCCUCAGAGACCAAUCACUCAGACACCAGACAUCGAGAAACCAACCACUCAGACAUCAAACACUCAUUCUACUCAAAAUAAAAUUACACCUGCCUUACCUCCAAAGACUGACAAUGUAGUUACUCCGUCCCCUUCUUUUGAAACAUCUAACUCAUUUGCUUCAACAAUGCCACCUAUUAGUUCUACCACUACUUCAGCAGGGAAUUCUACCACCCCAUUCACUGUAGUACCUACCAUGAAUAUUUCUGCUGAGAUGACUUCGGGCCCUGGCAAUAAACCCAUCACAGAUCAUGCAUCAUCAAAUCCUCCUAAUAAUACUGUUACUAAUAAUGGCACAGAUUUCGAGAAAAUAGUUUCCCAGUUGGAGUUUAACUUGACUGCUGAAACUAUAGAGCCAUCUCUUGCGAAAUCGAUGGUGGAAAGUGUUAGUUAUCUUCUACAUAAACUUCCAGCACAGAUAUCACCAAUGUCUAAAAGAUUAAUACAUAUAGUCGAUGCAAUUGGCUUAAAAUUGGACUUCCCGACAGAAACCUUUAAUCUGACUGCUCCUUCUUUGGCGCUGGCAGUCAUGAAAGUCAACAGCAGCUCCUUUAAAAGUAUUUCUUUUGCUGUAGAAGAUCCCUCAGAUCUUCAGGUUGCUCUUGGAACUCAAAUACCUAAAAACAGUAUUGGAACCAUAACACUUCCAUCAGCAGUGAUGGCAAAUCUGCCACCUGAAGAGAAGCAUCGAGCUUCUAGAAUUAUAUUUAACUUCUUUGAGAAGACAACUCUCUUCCAGGAUCCUUCAUUGCAAAAUGUGUCAUUAAUCAGCCAAGUUAUAUCAUCAAGCGUUGCUAACUUUUCAAUUACCAACCUGGAGAAAAAUGUUACAGUCAUUCUGCAAAAUACUGCAUCUACUCAGGAGAAUUCAACUAUCAGAUGCGCCUACUGGAAUUUCAAUAAAAAUGAUGGGAGUGGAGGCUGGGCUUAUGACGGAUGCACAGUUAUAGAAAGAAGAACAAACGAAACUGUCUGUAGCUGCAACCACCUCACCAGUUUUGGAGUUUUACUGGAUUUAUCAAGAAAUACCCAACUAUCUCCUACCCAAAUGUUAAUUUUAACCUUCAUCACAUACAUAGGAUGCGGCCUUUCAGCAAUUUUUCUUUCUGUCACCCUUGUUACAUAUAUUGCAUUUGAGAAAAUCAGAAGAGAUUACCCCUCUAAAAUCCUUAUUCAGCUGUGUGUUGCAUUACUUUUACUGAACCUAGUUUUCCUCCUGGAUUCCUGGAUUGCUCUAUAUAAAAUCAAAGGACUGUGUAUCUCAGUUGCUGUCUUUCUUCAUUAUUUCCUUUUGGUUUCUUUCACUUGGAUGGGCCUUGAGGCUUUCCACAUGUAUCUUGCCCUUGUUAAAGUAUUCAACACUUAUGUCAGGAAAUACAUCCUAAAGUUCUGCAUUGUUGGUUGGGGGCUGCCAGCUAUAGUCAUAGCUAUUGUCCUGGCAAUAUCUCCAGAUAACUAUGGACUUGGGUCAUAUGGAAAACUUCCCAAUGGCUCAGCAGAUGAAUUCUGCUGGAUUAACAAUAAUACUGUCUUUUACAUCACUGUUGUGGGAUACUUCUGCAUGAUAUUCUUGCUGAAUAUCAGCAUGUUCAUAGUUGUGCUCAUUCAGCUCUGCCGAAUCAAAAAGAAGAAGCAGCUCGGUGCCCAGCGAAAGACCAGCAUUCAAGACCUUAGGAGUGUCGCUGGCCUCACUUUCCUGUUGGGAAUUACUUGGGGAUUUGCCUUUUUCGCUUGGGGCCCCGUAAAUCUUAUAUUUAUGUAUCUGUUUGCUAUCUUUAACACGUUGCAAGGAUUCUUCAUUUUUGUUUUCUACUGUGUAGCCAAAGAGAAUGUUCGUAAACAGUGGAGAAGGUAUUUGUGUUGCGGAAAAUACAGGCUGGCUGAAAACUCUGAUUGGAGUAGAACAGCUACAAAUGGUUUAAAAAAACAGAAUGUUAAUCAAGGUGUUUCCAGUUCUUCCCACUCCAUUCAGUCGAACAGUAACUCCACCAAUUCCACUUCCAUGCUAGUGAAUAAUGACUAUGCAGUGCAUGCAAAUGGGAACGGCAAUGUGCACAGUGAAAAGAACGGUGUUUCUUUCAACAUGCAAAAUGGUGAUGUGCGACUCGCUGACUUCUCAACAAAACAGAUUGUAUUUCCAGAGAACAAUGACACAGGACACAAGAAAUCUUGCAUUUCAUGGAGAAGGACUUCAAAGAGAGGGAGCCUGCACUUCAUUGAACCCAUGUGAUAUUUUUGUAAAAGCCUUUCUAUGGUUUCACAAAGUGGCAUGCGGGUUUCUUUUAAUAUAAUGUGAGAAGACCAAAUUGUGAGAAGACCAAAAAAAGACAUUAUUUAAUAUACAAUAGCAAAGCUUUUAGGCAAUACCAGUUUGUCAAAGAGUUUGCAUUAUCCUUUCUUUUAAUGCCAUUGGUAUUGAGACGGUACUUUAGACAUAGCAUUAUGGCUGGAAAAAAAUGACCGGCAUAAUAUGUGCUGUUGUUUUUAAAAAAUGAUGGAUUUUAGAAGAUCCUUUUACAAUUUCAGCUUACAGUUGAAAGGUUACGCAAUAAUGUAUUAAUAUAGGAAACUACAAGCUAAAUAUUGAAAGAGAUACUUAAAUUCUCUUUCAAAACUAUGUGAUUCCUAUACCUUUUAAAGGGGUACAGUAACAGAUGUCAUAGUAUUGUAUAUAGCCUCAAUAACAUCUAUCCUUGAUUAUCCUAUAAUUUUAUAUUUAUUGCUUGUAAAUUAAAUUUGAUAUUCCUUUGUAUAGAAAAAAAUAGUUGUGCAGAGUCUUUAAGUUUUAUUUUAAUUAUACAUAUGUACAAAGUUAAUAGUUCAUGUUAGCUCAUUGACAUUUACAUAGAAAGCAUGCUGUGUACACAAAAUGACUUUAAACAGCCCUCUACGAUUUGGGAAGAUCAACAUGUAAAUAUAAACUCUGUCAACAGAGAAGUUCUAACUCUCUGGCAGCUAAUUACCAUAUGUAUUCGAGUAUAAGCAGAGUUUUUCAGCCCCUUUUUAGGGCUGAGGGUCCUGGCCAGCUUAUGUUUGGGUCGGCUUAUCCUCGAGUAUAUAGGUAAUCAGAGUUGGACAGUCCUAUCUUAUUAAAGUAUUAUUAUUAUCUUAAAUUACAGUUUUAUGUGAAUAUUCAAAAACAUUUAGCUUACUGAUGCCUCAAUUAAUUUGAUUUUAUUGCUAUCUAUUUUAUUUUUGAAUUUUACCAGUAGCUGCUGCAUUUCCCACCCUCAUCUUAUACUCGAGUCAAUAAGUUUUCCCAGUUUUUUCUGGUAAAAUUAGGUGUCUCAGCUUAUAUUUGGGUCAGCUUAUCCUUGAGUAUAUACAGUUAAGUUUAUUGCUCACAAUCAAGAUUUCCAUAGCAUAAGAAAGGAAAAUAAUGACAAAUGCAGUUUUAAGCCUUCUUUUGGUCAAUGAGCUGCCACUGGAGAAACCCACUUCUUUCCAAAUAAUUUCCUACCAGCAUAUAAAUGUGCAUAUGCAUAUGAGCCAUUCACAACUGGAACCAGGACCUUGAGGGAACAAAGGAUCAUUUUGGCAACCAAGGAUCCACCCAUUUUCCACAUUGGCUUUCAGUUCAUCUAUAUAUAACAGACUAAUUUUAUUGCCAUGCAAAUUUCUUGUUCAUUUUAGUAUUUGCUCAGUAACUUAGCAGAUUUAAAAUUAUAAACAGCAACCUAGGUAGAAAUUUUCCACUUAAAUAAUGUGAGUUGUUUAAUAAGUAAACAUCCUCCUAAUUUAUGGCUGUUAUCACAAGCAUCUAAUAUUACCUAAGAUGAAACUGAACAAGAUCUGAUUUCUUAUUUGCAAUCAAAUGGAAGAGUCCGAUGCCUAUGGGAGCACUGUUUGCCUUGUCCUUAAAAGUACUCAAUGUCCCUCAAAAUCAUCAAUAUAAAGUGAUCUCCUUUUUUUGUGUCAGGAGCUACUUAAGAAACAGCAAGUUGCUUCUGGUGUGAGAGACUUGGCCGUCUGCAAGGACGUUGCCCAGAGGACGGCUAGAUGUUUGAUGUUUUACCAUCCUUGUGGGAGGCUUCUCUCAUGUCCUGCAUGGGGAGCUGGCCCCGGAUUCGAACCACUGACCUGUCAAUGCGGCACAAGGGUUUAACCUAUUAUGCCACCAAGGGCUCCUAAGUGAUGCCCGUAUCAUCUUAACAUCCUGAAUGCAAAGACAAUAGAUUACAGGCAUCCUAAGUAGUAGAAGAUUUUGCUCCACCUCUAAUUUCUAGCCAUGUGUCAUUAUAAAGAUAAUUAAACAGGUAUAUUAUUUUAAUAAAGAAAAAAGAAUAAUGUAUACCACUUAAUUGCAUUUUGUUAGGUUCUGUUGACUGGUUAAUCUUUCAGAGCUUUUAGAAAUUAUUUUUCUACCUUUUAAUUUCUAGCACCAAGAUUUAUUUAUUUUUUAAACCUGAUUUAUCCUGAGAAAUGUACUGUUUAUUUCCUGAAACCUUCCUGGAUGACUUCCCGGAAGCUCAUGCUAUUCUAUCAAUGGUCAUUAUUGCUAAAUCUUGUGAUGUUUUAAGCAGGGACCUGAUACUCUUCAAGGAUCUGGCAAAGAUGCCAAGAAUUGUACAUCUGUGAAAUGAACAAUCUGUACAUCUGUGAAGUGUUCAGAUGAAUACCUUAUGCAUCUCUGUGGAGGUUUUCCGUUGUUUCCUGGGGUGGCUCUGAAGCUAUUGGAUGGGAUGGCUUACAAAUUAAAAAAUAAAAGUGGGUGGCAGAAGGCACUGCUGAGUUUUGGUCUAGAAAAUAACUUUCUCGAGUGGUAUAUCAUAGCACUAUUUCCAUAAGAUACAAUAUUAGAAGACAUAGUUGCUUAAACCAAUAGUGUUUUGAGAUUUGGUCCUAGCUACUCUGCUCCUGUGGAUAUCAAAGCCCAUGAAUGCUCAAGUCCCAAAAUACUCGUAUAUAAUGCUGUAGUAUAAUAGUGUCCCUUGUAUAAAUGGCAAAAUCAA